CUGAGACUAAAUUGACAGAAAAGACACAUUAUCUGGAUUUUCCAACACUCAAUUGGACCAUGGACCUACUAGUCCCUACUAGUCGAUGAUUCAUGACGAUUAGAGCAUGUUGGAAACAAUGGACCUCCAACCUACAUAACUGAGGACAUUAAUACAAUAUGUACAAAAGGCUGCUGUCAACAUCAUGAUGAGCCACUCCCGCAUUCCCGCAAUUCUACAAACGAAGAGUACGAUCAAUCGGAGGAUCGAAAGAGUUCGAUGAAUUCCAACUCUCGGAAUUGGCGGCCUGAGUUGUGUCAUAUUGUGUCAGAGGUACAACUUGUAAUAAGCAUUACAUUGGAGAUGAUACAGAAUAUAACUAUUCUGAGAACCAACCUCGGGCGUUCCAAAGUAGCAGCACCUUUGAUAUCUACAUCUUCACGACUAGACGAACUGUUCUUUUUGGUGAUUGACAAUUCUGCUGAUCAAAAAGUACGAAAAUCCAUGAAUUUUCUAUCCCUAGGUAUGAAAGGGUACACAAAUAUACGCUGUAAGGGUCUUCAGGGAUCAAAGAGAUUACACUCAACAGGUCUGCUGAGAUCAAAGGUCCUUAACUCUGUGGGUCUCCGACAGUUGUCUAGGGAAUCCCACAUCGAAGGUCUGCAGACAUCAAGGACUUUACACUCUGUGGGUCCACGUAAAUCUGACGGUUCACACUCCUACCGGUCCGAAUCACAGCCCAGACCAAACACCUUCAACUCUGCGGGUCAGCCUACACCUGACAAUUCCUACUCCUACAGGACCAAAAGUCUGCACAGAUCAAAGACUGUACAAGACAAGAUUCUGCAGACAUCAGAGGAGCUAUACUGUCACAGUUUCAAUGACUCGCCCCAUCCCCCCUUUGAGGGCACACAAGGGAGCACUUCUGUCCUUCAGACUGCUAUCCAGGCACUCAUUUUGCAAACUUCGAUGGUACUGAAAAUCGCUCGACAAUACUGUCAUGUUGUCAUUCUCAUGGUUAUCCUUACCCAGGCCGCCUGUACAGUUCAAGUACCUAUCAAUUGCAUGAAUGCAUUCGUGAUCACAUCUCGAAAUUACCCAUCUACAUACCCGCAAUUUGAGAACGUAGAAUGGUCUGUCACUGCACCGGAAGGGAGAAUGAUCCUUCUGACCUUCAAUAACUUCAGUCUAGGGCCUUUGGGUGACAUCACGGUUAUAGACACCGUUGACGAUGGAGAAAGGCAGCGCUAUAGUGGAGAGGAAAAUACUAUUUCUCCAUUUUUGUCCAGAAGAAACACCUUGCUUCUGAGAUUUAGAUCAGAUGGAACUCCCACAGGGAAUGGAUUCAACAUUUCCGCCUCAUGCUACGACUUGUCAGGAAUACGAGUCGGGCGUCUCACGGGUGGCCAUACACGAGCAGAGGGUUUCCUUGAACUACAAGCUGAGUCAGGAGGUGAAUGGACGAGAGUGUGUGAAGAACACUCGGCUGAUCGGGUGGCGGAGGUUGUCUGCGGGGAACUUGGUUUCCCUGGCGCCAAAGAAGUGUCCUAUGAGCAAGGAUGGUGUUCCUCUGAAAGAACUGGCCCGGUUUGUAUUCGGGCCCAUAGCUGUGAGAAUAACGCAUACCGUUCUCAUGAUUGCUCUGCAUCAUCGAACGAGUGCAUUUCGUCGAAGGCGGUCAAAGUCAAGUGCUUUGAGCCUGGAUUCAAAGGAUGUUAUGACUUGGAUAACAUUCAACCCCAGGACGGAUCCUCAUACGAUUCAAUCUCCAAGUGUAUCACAUCAUGCAGAGCUGACACAUACCAUGCUAUAGCCAUUAUCAAUGGCAAUAAAUGCCUUUGCUCCACAUCCGAUGACAUUGGACUAUCCUCCUUCAGCAAGAUAGAAGCCCGGUCAUGUGGUCCACAUCAGUUAGUUUAUAAUGCUUCUGUCGGAUUCUGCGUUGAGCUGGAUGACGUCUUUCACGGAUCAUGGGAUUCUAACAUCACAUGGUUUGGUUCCAUUGUUCAUCUAAUUUGUGAUGAUGGAUACAGGCUGAAUGGAAGUGGAACACUGCAGUGCGUAAGAGAGGUAUCGUCAUACCUUCCUGUCUGGAACGGGUCUACUCCAACAUGCGAAAUGAUUACAAAUAGUACAUCAGGUACCUUCGCUGAAACAACACAAGAUUGUCAAUUCACCGUGAAAUCUACCAUCUUGAAGCACGUGCUCAUGGGAUCUACGUAUGGCCUGGCAGCUAUCAUUGUCAUCAUAGUGAUAUACUGCAUCACAACUCAAGUCAGACAGCAUCUCUCUUUAGAGAGACAAGACCCUGCCUCACAGAUUUCUCACACUACUUUGGAUAUAACGCUGCCCAUCCAGCAAGGAAACGCUGACGUUGGUCGGGUGACGAUCAGAACGGAUUCUGUGUUAUACGAGACCAUCUCUGACGAAACACUCGGGGCGCAAUCUAGAAGGACAGAGGGGGAGCAGGAUACAGGGGAAGAUCCAUUUGGAUACAUCAUUCAUGAUCCACAACCGAAUUGGAAUACAAAGGCCACAGCUGAUGGCGCGACACGAUGCGAGACAAGCCUCAUAAUGAACAUCAUCUGCAUGGCCUUAUACACCGAGUGUGCAUUCGGUCAAUCCAGUAGACGGUCGUCUACAGGUGGUGAAGUCAAAGUGGCUUCUUUCAAUAAACGUAUAGAACACAGGCGCACGAGGGAUGCAAAUGUGGCGCGAAUUUUUGGCGGUAACUCACCAGGGAAGGGUUUCCUUGAGCUUCGUACUCAAUCGGAUGACUGGAGGAGAGUAUGCAAAGACGGCUUUGAUGAAAGGGUGACAGAGGUCGUCUGUGGAAAACUCGGCUAUCCUGCUGUUAGGAAAGUUUCCUACGGGACUAAUGACUGUUUGUCAGCUGGCCAAGAUUGCAUCAAGGCUCCCAUCUGUAAUGACUACACAUUCCGUUUAGAGGAUUGUUCCUGGUCGUCUGGAAACUGCUUCUCCGCUGAUGCGGUCAAAGUUGAGUGCUAUGAACCAGGAUUUAAGGGUUGCUAUCACCCGGAAGAUCUUCCACAACAAAACGGAUUUGUCUUUGAAUCGACCUCACAGUGUGUAUCGUCAUGUAGAGCGAUCACAAGAGAGGCUCUCGCUAUAACGAAUGGAACACAGUGCUUCUGUUCUACCUCUGAUGAAGUCAACCUUCCUAACAUAACCCCUGAACCAUGCAACCAAUCUACACAGGAUACUCGACUAGUUAUCAACUCAUUGGUUUAUGACGUUUCCGUUGGAUUCUGCGAUGAGCUGGAUGACGUCAUUCAUGGAUCACGGGAUUCUUACAUCACGUGGUUUGGUUCCAUUGUUCAUCUCACGUGUGAUGAUGGAUACAGACUAAAUGGAGGUGGAACCCUUCUGUGUGUUCCAGGACUAUCGCCGUAUUAUCCCGAAUGGAAUGGUUCCGUACCAACAUGUGACAUGCUUGAAGCCGUGCUUAAACCAGGGUAA